AUGCGAGGGCUACCGGCUAGAGGACGGAGCCGGCCAAAGAAGUUAGUCCGCCAUCGCCAGCAACAUCCAGUGCGCUUGGCAACACUUAACGUUGGGACGCUUACUGGAAGAAGUCGUGAACUGGCAGACAGUCUCAGAAAACGCCGUGUUGACAUAUGUUGUGUACAGGAGACUCGCUGGAAAGGCUCCAAGGCAAGGGAAUUAGGCGAUGGCUACAAGCUCAUCUACCACGGCACAUCAAAUCGCAACGGCGUUGGUAUCAUAUUGAACGAGUCGUUUAGAAAUAGCGUCACAGCGGUGGAUCGACUAUCGGAUCGCUUGAUGGCUGUAAAAGUAGAUACAGGAGAAGUGGAAUUGCGAGUCGUAUCUGCUUAUGCGCCACAGAUGGGCUGUGGUGAAGAAGAGAAGGCGUGCUUUUGGGAAGAUCUGGAGCAGUCCGUCCAAUCCCUGGAAGGCGAAGAAGUACUUCUAAUCGGAGGAGACUUCAACGGACAUCGAUGUCGGUUCUCGGAAAGACGGGUUCGAGAGUUGUCAUGGUGGAUACGGUUUUGGAGCUCACAACGACGACGGGUUGCGAAUCCUGGAGUAUGCUGUUGCAAGUGA